AUGAGUGCUCAGAAGAGAAGCUGUGUUACUGUUUUAACAGAAGCUAACUCAAGUAUUCUGUUCGAUGCAUUAGAUGCUAUCGAUGGUGCUAAAAUCAUUAUUUGGGAUCCAACGAUCAUCAAACGAUUCAAUCUGGUAGCAACAGCAGAACAGCUAAAACAACAUAAAGUUGUGUCGAUGUUACAGCUAGAAUUUUUCCUAGGAGUACCACAAGCAGAGCACAGUCAUGUUGUAUAUAUCUUAUCAGCAUACAAUACGUCUGUGAUCAAUAAACUUAUUUCAUGUCUCAAGCAUGCUCAUUCUAUCAAUGUAAGUUUGGAUUCUGUGAUCACAGCAAACUUCAUUAAGGAUUCUCGGUUACAUCAUGCUUUGUUAGUUCCCGAAACUACGUUCAUGAUUCGAGAUGCUUUAAAACAAAGUCGGGAAGCAAGUUUAAUUUUGCAAACACUUGAAUCGCUACCUCUGAAGAUAUUUCCGCUUUACGAUGACUUUUUCACUCUCUUUAUGGAUAAUACACCCUCAAAAAUUUUACUAGAUAAUGAUUGGACAGAAUUACAAAAAUGUGCCUCUGCAAUACGACAGCUUGAGUCGUUAGGAAACUACUCACCCAAUUUAAGAUGUAAAGGGAAAUGGUCGGCACAAGUUGUUGAGAUCGUAAAGAAAAUGAGAACUCAGGAUGAAGCUUUGUUCAUCUCGGAGAAUAGUGGUUUUCGAUUAACAGAUAUAAUCAUCAUUGAUAGAUGGAUUGAUCCACUGACACCCUUACUAAUUCAGUUGACAUAUGCUGGUCUCGUAGAUGAACUACUGGAUAUGAGUCCUACAGGUGGUAAUAUCAAGGCAUCGAAAGUUAGGAACGUUAAUGAGAAAAGUGAUGUUUCGAGUGAAAUAUCUUUACAUGAUCCUCUUUUUCGUACUAUUCGGGAUCUUCAUAUCAAAGAUCUUGGAAAACAAAUUGCUGAAAUACUUAGCUCACUUCGGGAGGAACGAGCAAGAUUAAAGGAAAAUCCACCCAGUGAUUCACUAGCGGAAAGCAAAGUUUUUGUACGCAGGUUGCUUGAUAUGCAGGGCAGUGAGAAACAUGCAGAUACGCAUACAAUGAUUGCAGAAUGUUUAAUGAAUUAUGUUCGUGAUGAUUCACGCUAUUCCACAUUUCCAAAAUUAGCAAUAGAUAUAGUGCUGGGAGAAUAUGGCGACAGGGUUAUUUCUCAAAUUGAAAAUCUUAUUGUGGAAGCAUAUGAUCCUUUGAUAGUUGCGCGUUUUAUUGUACUUCAAUGUUUAGUGCUUGGUGGUUUAAAACAUGCUACUAUUAGUGCCUAUGAACGACUUUUCGUCCAAAGCUAUGGUGCAUAUUAUCUAUCGCUAUGGAUAAAAUUGAAGUUAAUGGGACUUUUAUGGGAAAAGAAUAGCAAGAUAAAAUGCGAAUAUGCUCCAUUUGAUUUUCAAGUAGCGUGCAACCGAAUGUCAUGUUUUGUCGAUGAGGAACAUACUACUCUUGGGACUACAGCGUAUCCUUAUAACAGUUAUGUGCCUCUAAUUGUACGACAUAUUGAAAAUGGUGUACGAAAUGCUUGGCGAGACUGGACAACUAUUAUGGGUGACGAUUAUUCAGCUAUAGAUAGAAGCACCUAUUCUGUGAUUUUCGUUAUUGGUGGUAUUACACAAGCGGAAUUAGCUUGUUUCAGACAAAUUCAUUUCCCAAACAAGUUAUUAGUUGUUUCAACCGCACUGAUUACAGGUAGUAAGCUGAUUAACUCGAUACGAAAUGCUUGA